CGGAGAGGUUCAGUACUCGCGGGACCACCACCCCGUUCACUUAGAAACAAUCUAGUAUCCAGUAAACCAAGCUAACACCAGAAAUAAUUCCGAGACUAGAUUUACAAUCGAUUCGAUCUUCCUGUGUUUAUCAAUGCUUCCCAAAUUGUGACUCGCCGAUUUUGGAUUUAAACCAAGGAACUUCGACAGGAUUGCUUUGGAUUAGAAACCAGCAGAUAUGAUCACGGCGCUGCCAGUGCCCUCGGUAAAGGUCUUUCACAAGACUUACUACCAGGAGAAGGGCUCAAGGAUAGGCAGCAGCCAGCCUGGCAGUCCUCUAGCCGAGAGCGAGGCGGUUCUCGCGUUGUCCGACAAAGAGCCGCCUGAGUACUAUUUCUGUGGGAAGGUGAAUUCCCUACACGUGGUGGUGGGAUCUCUACUGUUAGGGGCAGUGGUGUUGGUGGUAGGGUUGGUGCAAUUAGCGCCAGGGGCAGAGGCAGCCCAGAACUCGACAGCUUUGAUAGCUGCAGGCUCGAGCCUGCUCUUAAUAGGAGUGUUCCUAGCUCCUCUGAGAGCUAUCUGUAUCAAGAGGCAAAAGGCUGCCCAGAAGGACGGUACUCAUCAAAGAAGUGUCACCAGCAUAGACAUGCUUCUCGCACAACACAGAGAUUUCACGGUACUGACACCGGACGAACUGGAGGACCUCGUGGGUCGACCCACGUCAGUUCUGGAGAACAAAAUCCGUAAACAGGGCCAGAACACCUAGGUAUCGUUCGGCUCCCAAAAGAGGAAGCCAUCGAAUUCUCAUCAGAGUCAUUAUCGCAGUUCGGUAUCGUCGCCCGAGUAUUCGUACAUGAUGUCCCCGGUAUCUACGGGGAUGUCGCCCAUCGGGACGAGCUCAUCCAUACUCUACACCCAUCGUUACGACUCGCGCGAGCAUAGCCUCGUCUAGUUUUAAUCGAACGGCGGCCGUUCGAAAUUAAUUUGUAAUGAAUUAAGGAUCAACGAUAUUUAACAAGUGAGCUAAGUUCUUGUUCCCUAAUUAAGCUAACUAAUAACAAUAAGAGGCGAUUUGGCGAAUUUGAAAAUGAAACAUAUCUAACAUUUACCAAGCUAGUAGCGAUUAAGCUAUUGUAUUGUAUUAUAUUUUUUCAUCGUAUACUGAGAAAGAGAGAAUGAGAUAGAGAUAGAGAGGGUUUCAAGAGGGGUAAUGAUGUUAAUUAUUAAGUAAAUCCACAUUGUAAUUGAGAAUUUCUUAAUUUUCAUUUGUCUAAUCGAAGGUCUUUAAUAGAAAAACUGACACAAAUUAAUUUAAUCAUGGAUAUCUUUGAAUUCUGAUUGUCUGAUCGAAGACUCUUAAUAGUAAACUAAUUAAAAGUAAUUUAAUACCUUAUAAUUCUGAUUAGCCAAUAUUUUUAAAAAUUACAUUAUUAUUGGA